UGCACACCUGCGGCACAACACAAAAGCGUCAGCUCUGUUUUUGUAGUGAUGAAGCUCACUGUUGAGUACAAUGCCAUAAAUGAGCUCAACACCUUCAGCAAUGGAGAUGUUUUGGCAGGUCAGGUUAUUGUUGAAGUCUCAAAGAAAACCACCAUCAAGUCCCUCACCAUCAAGGCAAAAGGGAAAGCCAGUGUUGCGUGGACGGAAACUCACGGAGACCGACAAGUGACGUACUGGGAUAACGAGAAGUACUUCUCACAGACAGAGUCUAUCCUACCCAAAGAGAAUAAAGAUGGCUCUUUCACUCUCAGCGGUGGGAGACACACUUUUGCUUUUGUGGUUCAGCUUCCCUUAAAUGAUAUGCCAUCAUCUUUCAAAGGUGAAUCUGGCAAAGUUGAAUAUCACCUGUUAACCCAGUUAAGCAGAACGUUGCGAGUGCCGAGCAAAGCCAAGACAAAAUUCACUUUUGUUUCACGUCCCGAUGCACUUCUUCCUGUAUCCAUGUCACCACAAUAUGGAGUUAAUGAGAGGGAUGUGAUAUUCUUUGCCUCUGGGAAGAUCACAAUGAACAUCUUCCUGGAGAAGACAGGUUACCAGCAAGGUGAAAACUUGGUCGUCAGAGGGGAAAUCGUCAACAGCUCGACAAGAAAGAUUGUUCCCAAAUAUAUCAUCUACCAGAAGCAGAGCUUCUUUGCUCAGGGGAACAGAACAGUGCAUACUACAAACAUUGUGAAGGAAAAGGAGGCUCCUUUAUCUUCCUCCACCAGGCAAUCUGUGUCUAAAAUAUUGACUGUUCCCUCCAGAGUCACCCCCACCAUCCUCAACUGCCGCAUCCUGAAAGUGGAAUACAGGCUGAAGGUUAUCCUGGAUGUAUCCUUCACUAAAAACCCAGAAAUUAAACUUCCACUGGUCAUUCUGCCUGCCAGCAGUGAUGGAGCCAUGAAGAAGCAACAACCCCAGAAAUCCAACUGGACUAGCUAA